UGCAGUACUGUUUUAGAAAUUGUGUUGUUAAGUUUGAGCCGGUCUUGAGCUUGUUUUUAUUUUUAAUUAAAUAUAAUUGGAUAAUUAUUUCUAUUAGUUUAAGUGUUUCGAAAAAUUUUGAAUUUAAUAAACAAAAAUAUUUUUGUUUCGAAUCAUAAUAAUUUAAUUAAAAUUUUUUGUAAACUUAUAACUAAAAAUGAGUAGUUUAUUUUCUAAUAUUGAGAAAGGUGCACCUAUUGAAGUAUUUGCUUUAAAUAAGCAAUGUGCUGAUGAUAAGUACGAGCAUAAAAUAAAUCUUAGUGUCGGAGCUUAUCGAACUGAAGAUGGAAAACCAUGGGUUUUACCAGUUGUGCGAAAGACAGAAAUAAGAAUUGCAUCUGAUGAAAGUUUAAAUCAUGAAUAUUUACCGGUAACGGGGAAUGAAUUAUUUACUAAAGCUGCAACUACAUUACUAUUAGGAGUUAAUUCACCAGCUAUUGCAGAAGGACGAGCAUUUGGUGUGCAAACAUUGUCGGGAACUGGUGCCUUACGUUUGGGAGCCGAAUUUUUAACAAAAAAAUUAGGCUAUACAGUAUGUUAUUAUUCUGAACCAACAUGGGAAAACCAUCACAAAGUGUUCAUGGCUGCUGGAUUUAAGGAAGCAAAAAUUUAUCGUUAUUGGGAUCCUAAAACUCGUGGUUUAGAUUUUAAUGGUUUAAUUGAAGAUUUAGAAAAUGCACCUGAAGGAGCUGCUAUAAUAUUGCAUGCAUGUGCACAUAAUCCCACCGGUUGUGAUCCAUCACAAGAACAAUGGAAAAAAAUUGCUGAACUAAUGAAAAGAAAAAAACUAUUUCCAUUUUUUGAUGCUGCGUAUCAAGGAUUUGCAAGUGGUCAACCAGACAAAGAUGCUUGGGCAGUACAAUAUUUCGUUGAACAAGGUUUUGAAUUAUUUACAGCUCAAUCAUAUGCUAAAAAUUUUGGAUUAUAUUGUGAACGUGUUGGUAAUUUAACUGUUGUACAAAAGGAUAAAGAAACUACGGCCGCUGUGCAAUCUCAGUUUACUUUAAUUGUACGUGCUAUGUAUUCAAAUCCUCCUGCUUUUGGUAGUCGGAUUGUUGGUACAAUUUUAAAUGAUCCUCAACUAAGAAAUGAAUGGAUGGAUUGUAUAAAAUUAAUGUCAUCAAGAAUAAUUGAAAUGCGAGAGUUACUUUAUAAACAUCUUGUUGAACUUAAAACACCUGGUACCUGGAAUCAUAUUAAAGAACAAAUUGGAAUGUUCUCUUACACUGGUUUAACAGAAAAACAAGUAAAAUAUUUAAUAGAAAAACAUCAUAUAUAUCUUUUAUCUACUGGUCGCAUAAAUAUGUGUGGUCUUAAUCCAAAUAAUGUGGAGCGGUUUGCUAAAGCUAUUCAUGAGGCAGUAUUAACGGUUCAAUAAAAUAAUACAAAAACAAAGUACCAAUUUUAUAAGACAACGCUUGUUAAAAAUUUAAAACUAUCUGAAAACAAAACUCUUUGGUUUCGUUUUUUGAAAGUAUUGUAAAAAAAUAAAAAAAAACAUAUAUAUAUAUAUAGAACCCUUCCUAAUAUUAAAUUUACAAAAUAAAUUUUAUAACACAAAUAUAUAAUUCAAAAUAACUCUGUAAAAUUUUUAUAUUUACAAAAAUUUUAUAUUAACAUAUAUACAAAACACAAAAAUAAAGCAGAAAAUUUAUAUUAUAUUUAUACUUCAUCAUUUAUAAAGUGAAAACAUUAAACAAUUACAUAUACUGUAUUUCAUAAAAUAAAUUUCGAAAUUUAUUAUUCUUACAAGAAAAAAGUAAUAAUUUUUACUAUACUGAUAUUUUAAUAAUUUGAGUUAUUUUUUUGUCUGUUAAAAAAUAUUCUACAAAAUAUUUUCGAUUUAUUGAAAUAAUUUUGUUUUAUAGAUUUAUAAACCUGAGAAAUAACCAUAAAUUGUUGAAUAUUUUUAUAUUAUCUACUAGGUAAUGAGCGAAUAGAAUUAUACUUUGUUUCAAUAAAGUAAGAAAAGUUGAUAAUCAUAAUUUUAGCAUUUCAUAAUAUAAAUGUACCUCAACCAACAAAAAUUGCAGAAAAUAUAAAUACUAAAAAUGAUAAUUAAAUCCUAAUUAUGUUAUAUGAAUAUGUAAAAAAAUGUACCAAAAGCUUGAAAAUUUAAAUGAAAAAAACAAAAAUAUGGAAGGCAUUUAUGAAGCAAUAAUAAAGAUAUUAGAGAAUAAACAAUAA